CCCUAGCACCCAACUGAUGAAACCCUGAACGACUUCCAGCCCAAUUGAACAGCCAUUGCACCUUGCCAUCUCGGCCCUUGAGCGCCAGUACUUGUUCCGGUCUACAUCACCAAAAGCCCGAUAGAGAUUGAUUGCCUUUUGCGACUAUAACGGACCAAAGUAGACUUAGCCCCCCUUGAACGGCUUGCCAAUUGACAACCCAGAUCUUGGACGGUAGACCAUCACCACCCUCCGGUAUCGAGAAGCUUCCCAGAGCGCACCAGCCCAUCAGUCCAUAGCAGCAAACGAACCGGCACCAUGGUUUUCAACCCAUUCAAGAAACACGACCACGACUUCCCCGGGGUGGUCAUGCCCCUCGGCAGUGCCCCAGCGCAUUCCCACCCAAACCCAUCCUUACAUAGAAAGGAUUCUGGUCCUGACGAGAAGACUGACGCCAGAAGCGAUAAAGCUCCCUCCGAGGAGAAUGGAGUCGCCACCUCACUCUCUGACAAUGCCCACUUGACCCUUGAAAGCCUGCGCGCCGAAAUCGAAACAGACCUUGUUGCCUCCGGCCAUGACUCCGCAUAUGACCGAAAAGCAAAGGUUAUCAACAGAGCCAUUCAGGAUAUCGGCAUGGGCCGUUAUCAAUGGGAGCUGUUUGCACUCUGUGGCUGUGGUUGGUUGGCAGACAAUCUCUGGUUGCAGGGUGUUGCCCUAACAUUGACUCAACUGUCCGCGGAGUUCGGUGUCUCUGAAAGUCGUGUCCGUUUCACCACCUGCGCGUUGUUCUUGGGUCUUUGCCUGGGUGCUUCGUUCUGGGGUAUUGCAUCGGAUGUUAUUGGACGUCGUCCUGCCUUCAACCUGACUCUCCUCAUCACCAGUGUGUUCGGUCUGGCUGCCGGGGGUGGUCCCAACUGGGUCGGUGUCUCUGCCCUAUACGCCUGCUUGGGUCUCGGUGUUGGUGGAAAUCUUCCAGUUGAUGGCGCACUCUUUUUGGAGUUUCUGCCAUUCGCCUCUGGCAACCUCCUGACCAUGCUGAGUGUCUGGUGGCCCAUUGGUCAACUUAUUUCCAGUCUACUCGCAUGGGCAUACAUUCCAACCUACUCUUGCGCUAGUGACCUGCCUUCCUGCAACAACGUUGCCGAUGGUGUCCAGUGCUGCACUAAGCAGGAUAAUAUGGGCUGGAGAUACCUUGUUCUCACCUUGGGUGCUCUGACCUUUGCGAUGUUCUUCUGCCGUUUCUUCCUCUUCCACCUCUACGAGUCCCCUAAGUACUUGCUCUCUCGUGGUCGCCAGGCCGAGGCUGUGCAUGCUGUCCACGGCAUCGCCCACAAGAACAAAAAGCAAACCUGGCUCACCGAGGAGAUCCUCAACGAGAUCGGUGGCUAUCCGGAAGAAGUCGAAAAGCAGACUCUUACUUUCAAGGAGAUCAUCGGAAGAUAUCUUUCCAAGUUCUCCCUGGAUCGUAUCAAGCCUCUGUUCGGCACCAAGAAGCUUGGUAUUAACACCGCCCUCCUCUGGUUCUGCUGGGCCACAAUCGGAAUGGGCUACCCCCUCUUCAAUGCCUUCCUGCCCCAAUACCUCAAACAGUCCGGCGGCGGCGCUGAACAAUCCACCUAUACCGUCUACCGCAAUUACGCUAUCACCUCCAUCGUCGGCGUCCCAGGCUCCAUCCUAGCCUGCUUCACCGUCGACAUUGAAUACAUCGGCCGCAAGGGCACAAUGAUCAUCUCCACCCUGAUCACAGGCGUCCUCCUCUUCUGCUUCACCGCCAGCACAGACCCCAACAUCCAACUCCUCUGCUCCUCUCUCGAAGCCUUCUUCCAAAACAUCAUGUACGGCGUCCUCUACGCCUACACCCCCGAGGUCUUCCCCGCCCCCAACCGCGGCACCGGAACCGGCAUCGCCAGCUGUCUGAACCGUAUCGCAGGCCUCUGCGCCCCCCUUGUCGCCAUCUACAGCGGCUCCUCCAACCCCAACGCCCCCAUCUACGCCUCCGGCGCCCUCAUGCUGGCUUCCUUCGUCGCCAUGUGUCUCUUCCCCAUCGAAACGAGAGGAAAGCAGACCCUUUAGACCCUUUCUAUUCUCCUCUCAUCCUUACUUUCCAUCCUUACUUUUCCUUGUCAAUGUAGGAUAAGAAAAAUCAUUUUCUCUGUUUAUGUGACGUUAUGUGCAUGAUACCAUUUGUUACUUCCCCCGGUCCUCGGAUAGAAUCCUACAUGUCAU